GGAACCACGUGAUCUACUUUCACUUUAAAACAGAAGUAGGCUCAGAGUACACAAACACACACUUGUAACUUCUAUUCAGCAAUCAUGGAUCUUGUUCGCGUAUUGGAAACCUAUAGAGGACAUGACAGAAUUAUACGACUCAGUACCUAUGUUUGUAUGUUUGUAAGCGGUGACAGAAAGGGAUUAGCUUUUGAUCGGAUCCGCGCUAUUGCUACAGAUCUAGGUGCUUGCAGAGUAAUCCUAAGAUUAUUUGAUGACUUGCCAAUGUUAUUUUACAAUCUUUCGUAUGGAACUGGGAGUAAGGAGAAGAGCACACCAUUAAGAAUCUUGAACCUGCUAACAAACAUUAUUAACCAAUCAUAUUAUCCUGUGGAGCAUAUUGCCUGGUUGGCAGACAGACAGGUCAUCAACACCGACUCCAAGAAAUGGUGGGUAGUAGGCGUCAUGAUCUGGGCACUAUCUUUAGUUGCUGAAAUACUUAAACAAUUGGUUAGUAUGAAUUUAAUAAGUAGAAAAUUGAAACAAAUAAAGAAGCAGCAAUAUUUGGAGUCUACUGAUGAAAGAGAAGAAUCCAUGGAGAGUACAUCAACAGAAGCCAAAGCACUGAAAGCCAACUUACUGGAAGCACGACUGGCACUUCUCCAGGCUUCAUGUGAUUUUAUGAAUGCUAUAAACUGGUGCCCUCCUGGGAUUUUAUGGGCAGGGAAACUGUCCAGAUCAUGGAGUGGUGUGUUUGGAUUGUUGUCAACUAGUAUUAUGUUAUAUAAAAACUGGCCUAAAAAGUCAUAAAUGUGUAUUAUGUAUAAUCAGUUCUGUAAUCAGACUUGUUUUAAAGGAGGCCUAAGAUUUUUUUUUUCAUUCCCCACCUAAUUCAUUACAGGAGUUAAUCUGUGCAAAAAUUGACCAUUUAUGAUUAAUCGCAAAAAGGAAUAGUAUUUUAAUCACUUUGACUGGGACUAAUUUAUCUAUUGGUCCCAGCUUUGUUUUUAUGAUUGAAAUUUAAUUCAUUUUAUGACUUCCUUUCAAUGUUUUGAGAAAAAAAAAUAUAUAAUUAGACUAUUUAAUUUUCGUAUAAGUAUAAUAAACAAAAUAGAAUACUUUAUUAGCAGGAUUUACCAUGAUACAUAUAAGACUUAAGGAUGUUUGCUACUCUGUUUCAAAAUAACAAGCUUUAUAAAAGACUGUUAUAAAUUGAUAGUAUAUAAAUAAAGUAACUAAAAAAGCAGAAAAAAAUGAUGGGUUCGUGUGCUUGUUUUCGAGAUAUAAGCCAUUGAAAAUCUGGCGGGAAAUGAUUCUCUCUAGACUUUUCAUACAUUUAACAUUGACACCUUUUGUCUUUCAAAAACAAUGAAAAAAUAACAAGGAUUUUAUAAGAUUUUGAAAGAUGACAUUUUAAACUAUAUGCAAUCAAAUUAUGGAAAGAAAAGUAGGGGUUAGUGGGCAAAAUUUUUAAUGGCACUACAUGGAUAAAACCAGAGAAUUCCGAAUAUCUGGCAAAAUUUCAAAAACAAGAGGAGCGAACAUCCUUAACAACAGAUCACAUCCAUCACCAACAACCUCCACUGAAAAAAUAAACAGUCUAUAUAUUUUAUUGUGUUAGAUUUGGAGUGAUGUCUAAAUUUUCUUUAUCUUCUUUUUUCUUUCCUAUUAAAAGUUGAGAAUUGUAUAAAUACCUGUAUCUGUUGUUAAAAAAAAUUUAUGGACUACCAAAAUAAUAGUCAGCAAUACAUAAUAUUUAAAAAUCCAUACAUUUUGUUGUUUUAUUUUGUCAGUAAUGAGAACCAGUUGUAUUAUUUGAAUGUGACCUUGUUAUAUUAAUGUACUUAACUCAAUAAUUUAGUAUUUUUGCAAUUUAUAUAUAAAUUAUUUUAAAGUUUUCAAUGAAAAAGAUUGUAUGCCCCAAAAAAUACAUCAUUUCAUGCGAGUUUUUCUUUUAAUACUGAUUUUCAAGGUUCAAAUCAGAUGAAUUUUGAGUAAUCAGGUGCAGUGUAAAAAGAAAUUUUUUUUUUUGUAUUGUUGGUUUGCUAUUUCAUUAUCAUAUUUUUCUUCUUCUAUGUAUUAGCCUCCUGUAAGUAGGAGCACCUUCAUAUGGAGUUAAUCCUUAGUAAACUCAUAUACACCCACCUCUCCUUUUAUUCAUCAACUGAUUUUUUUUUAAAUGUAUCACCUGGUGAUCAUAGGAACCUCGUUCUGACAUUAAAGAAAAUUGUCUGUGUUGUGGCAAGUAUUUGUAUAGUAUAAUACAAAUCCUUGGUUGUGGUCGACAAAGUUCAUAGGUUAUUUUAAGAAACAUUUUAUUAACAAGUUGAUUUUAAGGAGAAAUCAAAAUUAUAUACAUAUACAUAAUAUAUAUUAUUGGGGGUAUGAAUGGGGGCUACAGAUAAAUGAAUAAUGGGCAAAAAUGAAGAAUACAUAAAAGUUUGUAAAAGUAUAAAGAAUAGAGAAUAAUGAGCCCAGAAAUUAUUAAAUAGAGAAAAUUUGCCAAAAAACAAAGAAUAGAGAAAAAUAAGAAAACAUAGUAAAAAAAUAGAGAUUUAUGGAGUGUUUAAUAUAAAUAAAAAAGACAAAUCUGAGACUAUUAUGCUAAUUAGAUAUUAGUAUAAAAUUCCCAGGAAAAAUGAACCAAAAAAUAACCCAAUGAAAAUGUUCUAAAAAUUUGAAGAAUAGAGACAAGAGGUCCUCCCAAUCCAGACCUUGAUUAUUGUUAUUGUGCCAUUUAUUUAUAGCUAUGUCUUUCAUGCUACAGAUUAUUUUUAUAUUGUAAAUACUGUUAAAUACUAUUGAUAUAUUUGGAAUAUUAAAUUGUUUUUAAUUGCA